AUGAACAAAAGGAUGAUCAUUAUUUAUUAUAUCGCUAGUUUAAUAAGUAGGUAAGAUUAUUAUGAUUCCUUGAGAAUAUGCAGUACUCAUUUCUAUUUUUAUUAAUUUUAUAAUUAUACCAGAUAUUUUUUGAAGUGUAUGAGUGAUAUUAGUUUAGGGAUACAUCCUCGCUAAUAAAGUGCUAGAAAAUAAUUCACUUAAUAAUAAGUUAAAUACUUCUACAAUUCAAAUAUAUUCGCAGAUAGACAACAGAACUACGAUCCCACUCAAUUCGACAGAAGCCAGAUUAUCAAAGAGGCCAAAACUCAAAGAUAAACAUACAGCCCUCCUCUAUCCCCGAAAGUCUAGAGAAUGGAAAGAUCGCCAUAACCCUAAGUAGAGUUGGAUAUCAUAACUGGAAUGCCAAUAACUGAGAGGUAGAGCCUAUUAAGCAAGAAGCCUAUGACAAAGCAAAUGGCAGAAAAGCAAGAGUCAAAUUGGGAGAAUAAAACACAAAAAAAGAAGGAAUCGGAGAGUCAAUAAGGGGAUAAGAAAUAUGCUUCUUUAUAUUUUGAUAACAAAAAAUAAUAUGAAUAAUGGUUAAAAUAGAAUAAAGAAUAUGAGGACAUCAAUUAUUUUCACAAGAAAUAGCCAAAUUCAACUAAUAGUGUGGUUAAAGGGGAUGGGAAUAGUUAUUUUAAGAUUCACGGGAAAUAAUGCAAUCAAUCUUAACAUAAAUGAUAAUAAUUUGUACUUUAUAUUCAAAAUUAAAUCUAUAGCUCUCUUUGUGUA